UAGUUGUAACUAAAGAAAUUCACCCUUCAAUUUUAGGACCAUAUAUUUUCUUAUAUUUACAAUUCAACCCCUUCUUUCCCUCAUCAAAAGCCCCUCGCUCUGUCUCCACACCGUCACUUUCAAAUUUAGACGAAUACUUUGUUAGAAAAAGAAAAGGACGAAGAGCAAAACUCACUCUUAUACUUUUCUCUCUUUCUCUUCAAACAAUUAAAACCAAUUAUCGAAAAUUUAACUUUACUAUGAACAAUUUCGCUGGCGGUUAUGCUGAAUUUUCGUCGGUGGAUAAUGUCAAUGUGAAUAAUAAUAUCGGCAAUGUCCAUUUUACGGUGGAUGAGUUGUUGGAUUUUUCCCGGGAGGAUGAGACGAUGACCGACACAUUUUUCAACAGUUUGGCGGGGAAUUCCAAUGAUUCGUCGAUUGUCAAAGGGGUUGAUAGUUGCAAUUCAUCGAUUUCCGGUGGUGGCGAUGGCCAAUUUAAUGGUAACAUUAGCUGCCGUAGCUUCACUGACUCUCAAUUCUCCGCCGCCGAACUCUGCAUUCCGUAUGAUGAUUUGGCGGAGCUGGAAUGGCUAUCAAAUUUCGUAGAGGAAUCAUUCUCAAGUGAUGACCUUCACAAACUCGACUUCAUCGCUACCACCACCACUACUAAAACUGCCGCCGUUGCUGCCGUCACCGACAACUCCUCAUCCUCUGUCACCACAACCGUUUCUUCCACCAUUCAUUCGUCGCUGCCUCCCAUUUUCCCCUCCGAUGUCGGCGUAGUUGCACCAUUACUAAUAUUCCAUCGUCAUAAUAAUAAAUAA